GCCGAGCCUUCGUUCACGCUGCUGCGCAGUUCAGACCCGCAUACCUUCCUUCUGAUAGGAAUGAACAACAGCACCGUCAACAUCCAGCACAAUGGACAGGUGAAGGCCAACUGCAACGACGCUGUCACGCACGCAUCUCUCAGUGACAAUGGGUUGUCUGUCAGGAGAGGGUCAAACGUUGUGCAGGUGUCCAAUCAUAACGGAGCGACAGUGUCAUGUGACCUGUCGCUGGAGGUGUGCAGCUUCACUCUCGAUGGAUGGUUGCACGGCACGUCCAUUGGUCUGUUGGGGACUAAUGACAAUGAAGCAGGGAAUGAUUUUCUUUUGCCUGAUGGGGUUCCGGCUGAAAACAUGCAGGAACUUGUGUACAGUUGGCAGAUGAAACCGGAUUGUGUGAAACCUCAAGGUGUAACGGAGCACAUUUCUAAAGCAGCCAGAAGCCCUGUGAGCUGUGACUCUCUGUUCUCCUCUCCCGAGUCUCCCCUCAGUGCCUGUUUCAGGGUGGUGGAUCCUGGAAGGUUCUUGUCUGUGUGUGAGUUGAGCUCCUCCAGAGCACCUUGUAGAUUAGCAUCUGCUUUUGUUCAUCUCUGUCAGCAGAGCUACAUACCUCUGGAGGUUCCUGUUCGGUGCUUGAAAAAAUGACGGAAGCACGAACUGAUGAAGAGUAAAGAUGGGUGAUUCAUGAAGUCAUCUGCCAAAGCGUAGCUGCUAAAACGUACCAAUUAGACUUGUAUACCACUGUUUUUGCUACAUUACUUACAUUACGUAUAUUUUGUUUUACAUUUUGUACACUAUUGUGUAGUUGCACAUUUAUAUACCUCAUGAAAUGUACACGUUUGUCCUUUUUUUCUCAUGCAGAUAUUGUGCCAGUAAUGUGAACGUGAUCAUACUAACUACAGCAAGUCGAAUAUUAUUAAUUACGAAGCCUCAUUGUUGUAUUUUCUGAGGUCUGUAAUAGAAACAUAGAAAAUAUUUGACUGACUUUAAAGCAGCGUAUCUAAUGGUCAAAAACAAACUUGGAUAAUGAAGAGAUCAACAAGUAUGUUUUUGAUGAAGGGCUUUUAUUACCAUUCUGUACGCUGACUCACGACUUUCUAUGUUCCAUAAAUGUUUUUAUUGCUCAGUUCCCUAGAAGAUGGGUAUGUAGUUGUGAAUCUUGGAUUUCUGCCUCUGUGUGACACACUCAGCAAUCCAGACAAUGUUGCGACUCUCCUGCUCCUUCAGUUUGAUGUAGGAGUAAAAUACUCCGAAGUGGAACUGCUGCAGGAAAACAAGUGUGUUCAGUUUCACCUGAGAAAAGAUAAAGGAUGGACGUUGAAGCCGCUCACAGAC